AUGCUAAGCGGGCCUGAUCUGACAAAUAAACUGAUAGGAGUGUUGAUGAGAUUCAAACGAGAGGUUUUGGCGGUCGUUGCAGACAUAGAGCAAAUGUUCUACUGUUUCAGUGUUGCUAAAGAGCACAGAAAUGUUCUCAGAUUCUUUUGGUACGAAGGCAACGACCUAAGCAAACCUCUGGUUGAAUACCGCAUGUGUAAACAUGUCUUUGGGAAUAGCCCGUCCCCAGCUGUUGCUACAUAUGGGUUAAGAAAAUCAGUGAGGCAGAAGUUCAAGAGUUUGUAUGAAGGGACUUCUAUGUCGAUGAUGGCCUUACCUCUAGGGGUAGUUCUGCUGAAGCUGUUGACUUGCUAUGGUUGGGAUUAUUCCUUGCCAGCAGAACUUGAAGCCAAGUGGGUCAAAUGGAGAGCUGAUUUACAAAACCUCUCGGUUGUUCAGAUUCCUAGAAGCUACUUCGGUAGGUCACCACAAAUCAGAUGCAUCAGAGUCUGCAAUAGCAGCUGUCGCAUACCUGGUUGGGGUUCCAGUCUCUGGCAGAAUUGCUGGGCAAGGGGUCCACAUGUUCAAAGGACUGAAACCAGUGUGAGCUUUCUGGGAGUGUUGAGCUAUGGAAGAGAACUGUGUCUUCGAUUACCUAAAUUUCAAAGCGAGUUCUAUGCUGAUGAGAUAUCGGUUCUUAGGCUAGAGCAAAGCGUCCAAAAGUGUAGUCCCAUUGUGUCAUUGAACCCCUUCUUGGAUCAGGGUGAUUUGUUACGUGUGGGUAAGCGGCUCAGUCGAAGCAGCUUGUCGCAGAGUGAAAAGCACCCACUCAUCUUACCAGGCAAGCAUCAUGUAGCCAAACUUCUAGUGCAGCACUACCAUUGUCGUGUUCAGCAUCAAGGUCUUCAUUACACGGAAGGUGCAGUCAGAGCUGCAGGGUUUUGGAUCGCUAGCGGAAAGCGUAUGAUAUCAUCAGUACUGCACCAUUGCGUGAAAUGCAAGAAAUUGCGUGGCCAGUUUGCAUGUCAGAGGAUGUUGGACUUGCCACUUGCCAAAGUUGAGGAAGUCGCCCCUUUCACAUACACUGGUGUUGAUGUUUUCGGUCUUUGGCAUAUUACCUCUAGACGCACUCGUGGAGGCCUGACGUCCUCAAAAAGAGGGGCAGUGUUUUUCUCCUGUCAAACUGUUCGGGCUGUGCAUAUAGAGGUAUUGGGGGACAUCUCGUCCAGUAGAUUCAUUAAUGCACUGCGUAUGUUUGUUGCAGUACGAGGUAAGGUCAGACAGUUUCGCUCUGACCGACGGACCAACUUCAUUGGGGCCACUGACAACAUACAGGUGGAAGAUGUGCCUACAAGGCCUACCUCAGGACGGCAGAGUCAGUUUGGAUGUUUAAUCCUCCUCAUAGUUCGCAUAUUGGUGGUUCAUGGGAACGCAUGA